AUGGGUAAUGCAUGCCGUUGUUAAUAAUUCACAAAUGAAAAUUUAGAGUUGACUUAAGGAAAAGGAGUAGUAGUUAAUAAAAAAGGAGAUACUAUCACAAUUCCUUAAUAAAAUGGUACAACAAUAUCAAAAAAAACUACUCAAAAAUAGAUUGAUGAUGAAGGUGAGGAUGAUGAAUAACCAUAAGAUUUAUAAUAAAUAGAAGUAUCAAUUCUAUUUAUAAACUUAUUAGCUUAAAAGAGGAGAUCGAAAAAAAUAAGCUAAGAUAAAUGCAGUAUCAGAUACUGUAGAAAUAUUUGAAAAUAUUCUUAAAGUUGAGAAACGAAAAUCUCCAUUUGAUUAUCAAUUAAUGUUAAAUGCUUUUAAUGAUCAUUUCAUAUUCAAAUCAGUGCCUUAAAGUGAUAUUGAAUAUGUAGUUGAAUAAAUGUUCUAUUGUACUGUUCCAGAUGGUUAAUUCGUAUUCAAAUAAGGAGAUAAAGCAUCUUCUUAUUUUCUUAUUGAAAGGGGUUAAUGUUAAAUUAUUAUCAAUGGAGAAUUGAAGAAAACCUUAAAGAGUGGAGAUGCUUUUGGUGAAUUAGCAAUGUUAUAUAAUGCUCCUAGAAGUGCAAGUGUUAAAGCAGUUGGAGGUAUUAUUAAUUAAUUUAAUUAUUUUUAGAUUGUGCUUUUUGGGCUAUUGAUAGAAACACUUUUAGAAAAGUAGUAGAGUAAUAAAAUCAAAGAAAUUAUGAUGAAAAUCGUGAAUUUAUGAAAAAAGUGGAAUUUUUUUGUAUUUAUUUUAAUAAUAUUUAUUAUAGCCUUCUUAACUGAAGAACAAAGAGAUGCUAUAUGUAAUGUUCUUAUUACUUUGUUAUUUAAAAAAGGAGAAAUUAUAGUAUCAGAAGGUGAUGUGGCUAAUUCAUUUUAUAUCAUUAAAAAAGGAAAGGUAUCAAUUAUUAAAGGAGACAAAGAAGUGACUUAGAUGAAUGCAGGAGAAUCAUUUGGAGAAGCUGCAUUAUAUCAAAGUUGCUAGAGAGCUGCUACUGUUAAGGCUGCUGAUGAAGAGGUUAGAUGUCUUUCAUUAUCAAAAGAUGAUAUAUAAAAAAUAUUAGGUUAAAAAAUUUAAACAGUUAAAUAUAUUAACACAUAGAAAUGGGCAUUACAACAAAAUCCAAUUUUAGGGAAAUUAACAUCAAUAUAAAUUGAAAAGAUAAUUUAGAAUGUGAGAUAAGUACAUUAUGAGAAAAAUGAAAUUGUUUUAAAGGUUGGACAACAAUGUCUAAAGGUUUAUAUAGUUUUAGAAGGUGAAAUAGCAACAGUAACAAAUUAUUUCGUAACUAUAAGAUAUUUAGAUUCCUUCAAACAAAUAUGUAUUCGGUAAAGGCAAAGUUUUUGGUGAUCAAUUCUUGAAGUCAUCUAAUAUAGAUAAUAAAAUGGCAGAGAGUUUACAAGUUAAAUCAAAUGAAGCCAUUAUUGCAGAAUUUGAAAUCAAAAUGUUUAUGUAAAUGAUUGGAGGUAGUGUUGAAUAAAUGAUAUAAAAAAAUGAAAAUUCUCAUGAACAAAAAUAUCUUAAUCGUCCUAGUGCUUUAUUAAAAAAAGAUUAUUCCAAUAUUACAUUAGAUAAACUUAUUUGUAUUAAGAAAUUAGGAUAAGGUUAAUUUGGGAAUGUAUAUUUGGUAAGAACCAAUUAAGAAGAUAAACUCUAUGCAUUAAAAUGUAUAAGUAAAGCAUAAAUUGUGGAAUAGCAUUUAGAAAGACAUUUAGCUGUAUUCUUCUAUUAUUAUUAUUUAGUAAGAGAAAUAAGUGCUUUCAACAAUUAAUUUCCCAUUUUUAAUGCAAUUCUACAAAAGCAUGAAAGAUUAAAAUUAUAUUUAUUUUUUGAUUGAGUUUAUUAAGGGAAUGGAAUUAUUCGAUGCUAUUAGAGAAAUAGGAUUAUUGAAUGUGACAGAUUCUCAAUUUUAUAUAGGAUCAUUAUUGAUUUGUGUUGAAUAUUUGCAUAAAUUACAAAUCAUAUAUAGAGAUAUUAAACCUGAAAAUAUUAUGGUUGAUGAAAAGGUAUAUAUUAUAUAUAAUAUAUAUAGGGUUAUUUAAGGAUGAUUGAUAUGGGUACUGCUAAAUUCUUAAAUUAAAAAUCUAUUAGAACUUACACAAUCAUAGGAACUCCUCAUUAUAUGGCACCAGAAAUUAUUACAGGAAAAGGAUACACUUUUACUGUUGAUUUAUGGUCAAUUGGUGUUUGUUUAUAUGAAUUUAUGUGUGGAGGUGUUCCUUAUGCUGAAGAUGCAGAUGAUCCAUAUGAGAUUUAUGAAGAAAUCUAAAAGAAAUCCUUAAUUUAUCCACCUUUCAUGAAAGAUAAGAAAGCCAAAAAAUUUAUAGAAUAAUUAUUAUCUAAAACCCCAGAAGUUCGUUUAGGGGGAAGUUAUGCUGCAUUAAAGGCAAAUAAUUGGUUCGACAAAUUCGAUUGGGUACUAUUGAUAUAUAUAUAACUUAUAAGGAUAAACUCAUGGACAAAGAGCUUAAACCUCCUUUUAUACCAAAGAAAACUAGAAUGAUUUAAGAUAAAGAAAUACAGAGUGCUCUUGCAAAUGGAAAAUUAGCAUCAAAAGAAAUUAAUUAAGUUGGUUUAACCUAUAAAAAGGAGAAAGCUAGAGAUCCUAAUUGGGACACAAAUUAUUGA